AUGACGCUAGAGAAACACACUUACCCGUUGUUUAAUAAUCGUACACUCCAUGUCGGGUACUAUACGGACGUAAAGAAUAGUCGAGCAUUACGACAAGAUCUACUGGACAAGAAGUUUGAUAUCGCGCUGAUUAAUGCUCAUCUGAUUGCUGGGUCUUUCCAAGUACACGCCGCUGCCUCGCGAGCUUUGCUCUGUGAUGCGUCCAAUCAACUCACCACACGGAGUCUUCACGCUGAGCUCGUCUUUAACAUGUCCGGAUCGCGCAACGUGACCGAGUCUUUCAAGAGGUUUGGUGUCAGCGACGAUACUACGUCGCUUGUGGUGUGCGUGAUCGAUGCGGAUGAAGAAACGCUGAAGCAAGUGGAGACGUUGGUGGAUGGCACACAAGUGCCGUUCGACGAGCUGGGAACGCACUUGACCAGCGAAGACGUAAAGCUCAUUAAAAAGUUCUACAAGAUCUCCGAGCAGGAACUCACAAAGUCAACGCUUGUUGACGCCGCCACGUGCAGAAUAGCAACUAAGAACUGCAACAAAUAA